CUAAUUGAUUCCAUGGUUACACGAAGAAAUGAAAAUGGAAUACCAAACACCUUCAUCAUCAGAUUAAUCAGACACAUUAUCAAUCUGGACGUCUGAUUUACCACCGCAAUCACAGACUUUUCAUUCCACAAUUUCUACCCGCGAUCAUAAAAUUUGGGCCCACAGGCAGUCGACCCAAUUAAUAUUGUCCGUUAGAUCGUAACGAUCAAAUCUCAAAAUUGGCAGUCCCAUCUAAACUCAAUUGCACAGAACAUUUGUCCCCUCGCUUCCCUUUCUCUCUGUCUUCGUUGAGAGACUGAUUCAAUUUUCACAAUUUCAAUUUACAAUUCACAUACUUUCUAACUCCGUCUUGCUACUGGAAGGAUAGAUUAAGAAUGACGAGUCAGCUCAUCAAUAACUCGGCUCUGAGUCAAGAAGGAGUCUAAAGCUGAUCAUUAACCUCAUAUCUUGCAGUAUUUCUUUGGGUUUUGAUCUGUGAUUGUUCAACUUGUGAUGGGUGAGGAAACAUCUGAUACUAUGAAUCUUGAUUUGAAUCUGGGUCCUGGUCCUGAGGUAGGAUCAGGAUCAAUAUCGAGUGAAGCAGUAAAUUUCGAUGGCUGGGUUGAUGACCCUUUGGAGCGAAUUAGGGAGGCUGUUAGAAUUAGUAAUAGGGCUAGACAGCGAUGGAGAUGGCGGCAGUAUCAAUUUCCUCCUGAAUCACAUACCCUUUCUGUGGAAUUGAACCAAUUGAUAGGAAAUUCUGACAGUGUAAGCACUUUACAGGCUGGUGAGGGCAGUGUUGCUGCUGAAGAAAGAACAAAUGAGGUACCCAAAAUGUGUGAAAAUAACAAUGGAUUUUUGGAAGAUGACGUGUCAGAGAAGACAGGUGAUGUUGAGAAGGGAAGUGGCGGUGAUGGGAGCUUCUUUGAUUGUAAUAUUUGUUUGGAUUUGGCUACAGAUCCUGUUGUUACUUGUUGCGGCCACUUGUUUUGUUGGCCAUGCCUGUACAGAUGGUUACAUGUGCAUUCAGAUGCAAAAGAAUGCCCAGUUUGCAAGGGUGAGGUAACCAUUAAAAAUGUGACCCCAAUUUAUGGCCGCGGAAGUAAUACCCGUGAGCCAGAGGAGGAUUUAGGCCUUGAGAUCCCCCAUAGACCACAUGCAAGGCGGGUUGAGAGUUGGAGGCAAACUAUUCAGAGGAGUUCUUUUAGUUUACCUAUGGAGGAGAUGAUUCGACGUCUUGGAAGCAGAUUUGAUUUGACUCGAGAUUUGAAUCCCAUGCAGGAUUCUAAUGGUGUUCGUGAAAUGGGAGAUAGGACUAAUGCCUUGCUGAGUAGAAUUAUGACACUUAGGGGACAACGAGCUGAGCAAAAUCCUAUGGCACCUCUUGAUGACAUAGUGGAUCUAACACACAGUGGCACAAGUAGCCCAGAGGCAGCGAGGCAAGCCCGGCGGAUUCAUUCACUGUUACUUCGUAGGUCACAAUCAAACUCUCAAAGAUCUUCAACCCACAAUUCACAUGCAUCUGCUUUGAAUUCUGCUGAACGGUUAAUCGAGGCAUAUUUCCGCAACCAUCCUACAGGGAGGAAUCAGGAUCCACCCCUACCUGUUGAUGAUAGAGAUUCUUUCUCAAGCAUUGCAGCAGUUAUAAACUCGGAGUCUCAAGUGGACACUGCAGUGGAAAUUGAUUCCAUGGGCUCCCUUUCGACUUCUUCAUCCAGAAGAAGAAAUGAUACUUCAAGAGUGUCAGACAUGGACACUGUGGAUUCUCGUGCACCUAGACGGAGGCGAUUCAACUAGGAAGGGUUCGUCUAAUAAUUAAUAAUAUCCUGGAAGUUGCUCAAGGUAUGCCAACACAUAUGUAAGUGCUGCCUUCAUUUAUAGUUCUUUUGCUCUACAAAAUUUUCCUCCUUCCAUAUAUGUUGACUUUCAUGAGGUGAUUGUAUAACUUCUAUCCUUUACUGCUACCAAUAUGUUGUUUGAGAUACUAUUGUACUGUGAUAAGGGGCUUGUGCUCUGAAUUGUAUGGAAAGUUAAAUUUAUAGACCAAGUAGGCAAAUUGCUUUCCACUGUAUAUAGAACUUUUCAGAUUUCAUGGUUA